UAGACAUGCCUUCUUGUAGUUGUGAAAGUGUUUUUUAGCCGGACAGGACCAGAAUUAGUAACUCACACAGAAUAUUGUUGGGGUGUUGUGAUUCGCAUUUAUAACUGUAUAAUUAUAAUACUCUGUCGAACCAGCGACUUGUCUUUAAAUUACUAAAAUACCAAGGUUAGCUAGCUAUUCUCAAUCCCAAGUCUCUGAUCCAUGUAACUUGCAGCAAGUGUCAAUUUUGCGAUUAGUUUUUUUGCGAAUUAAAAGUUUUGCAGUUUGCUAAAUCCGUUAAAUCUACGUAAGGGUUUGAUUUGUAAACGAGAAGCUUAUUAAUAAAAAAAAGGUUACAUUAGGUUUUUCCAGUUGCACAGCCUGAUCAUCCUAACAUGGGCUCUACCUCGAUAUUAAAAGUCAGAAUAUGUCUAAAGUCCUUACAGCCUUUCUUCCACCAAGGACGUCCAGCUUUCUCAAGGACUUUUCUGUGGAAUCCAUCACAGCCUUCUCCUUCUCCACGCUUUCUGUGUACGAGAGACAAUAACCCAAAGUUAAGCGGAAGAAAGACUGACAGAGGGAAGACUGGACAGGCUGAUGGACAAGGUGGGAUGAAAAACGGCAGCAUCAGACGGGAGAAACAGGUACUAUGGUAUGAUGAACUGGAAGAAAUAGGCAGGGGUACCUCUGUUCAGCGGAGGCCUUCCUUCCCCAAAUCUGUUUUUGCUGCUGGGACAGCAAAAAGGAUGGCACAUAUGUUGAAGAUGAAAGCGUCUCUGUCUUCUGUGGAUGAGGCGCAGCAUAAGGAUGAGUCUGAUCAGAGGGCAGCUAGAAGUGAGAGUACAGUAAAGUUGCAGGUUCCUGACAGACCGCUCCCUGCUGCUGAGUGGAAAAAGCUGAAGGAGUCUCUGGGAAAUCACCAACGUUUUGAGAUCCAGAUGAUGCACACGAUGUUCUCCUCUGGGGCAGACCUGGAUAUUGCGAAGUCGCUGCUGACUUUUGUAGCCAUGGAGACAGGCACACUGUCUUAUGAGCUAUUACUAAGGUAUCUGAUGCUGUGUGUGAGUGGCGGCCACGAUGCUGAGGCAUUUGAUAUCUAUGAAAUCAUGCUGAGGAGUUUUCCCUCUCUGGACUCCGGAGCUGCCAGUCUUUUCAUCAAGUCCUUCACUCGGACGGACAGGUGGAGGGAGGCCCUAGUCAUCCUGCGGGAGCUUAAACAGGUGUUUACUCUAUCACCACGCAACUACGGCGAUAUCAUCGCAGCAGCAGUGCUACACAGGGACAUGGUCACCGCCUGGGCUCUUUAUGAUGAACUAAUUGAAAAGGGCCUGACUCCAAACCAAGACACAUGGGGUGUUCUGUUUAAGGGACCGAGUGAGAUUAAGGAGGAGGAAGGAGAGGGCACGGAGGCCGUGUCUCAGGCUGAACAUCAGGAGAGGUUGCUGAACAUUCUGCUGCACAUGAGAAACAACCAGAUCUACCCCGAGUACAGCCUCGCCAGCAGCAUCAAGACCUGGUUUGAAAGUCUCGCAGGACAGGCGUGGACUGGAAGAUGGACCAUCGCUACUCCAAAGGGAGUGUGUCAGUGCUGUGGUUCAAAUUUGGAGUCCAUCCAGCUCACCACUGAGGAGUACCAGCAGCUGAAGGACAGAGUGAUGGCUGACAUCAUCCAGGGAAAAGAUGUUUUCAGAAAGACCAAUCCAGAGGAGCUGAAGCGGUUCAAGACGUUCGUCAAGAGGAAGCCGGCUUUUGAUGUGGUUGUAGAUGGGCUGAAUGUAGCGAACAUCACCAAAGACAGGGCCAAGCGGUCGGAGACGUUGUUGGCUGUGGUGUCAGAGCUGGAGCGUCAGGGCCUGACUGUUCUGGUGCUGGGGAGGAAACACAUGCUGCAGCCCUCCAGAUCCUGGGACAGACACAACAUGAACCUCAUCCAGCAGAAAGCCCAUUGCUUCUUCACUGAUAACAUUUCAGAGGAUGACCCCUUCCUCCUCUAUGCCACUUUGCAUUCUGGGAACCACUGUCGCUUUGUGAGCAGAGACCUGAUGAGGGACCACAAGGCCUGCCUGCCAGACAGAGCCACACGGCGGCUCUUCUUCAAAUGGCAGAGGGGCCAUCAGAUGGUGGUGGACGGACACGUCGCAGCGGGCAGGAGGGUCAGGUUUCAGAGCAUCCCCAGCUACGAUACUAUUGUCCAGACUUCAGGAGACUCGUGGCACAUUCCCUACGACGACACAGAGGACAGGAGCACACAUGAGGUGCCGCAGAGAUGGCUGUGUCUCACCAAAAAACACUGAAAAUACACUUUUCGGAGUUCAGCGACGGUCCUGAGGAUAAAAUGUGUUGGAUGUAAUCGUUGAACUGUAAAUAAAACAUUUACCACUUUUUCAGA